AAAAUAAAUGUUUAUAGUUUAUUAUGGUUGCCAUUUUGUUUUGCAAAAACGACGCUGUUGAAGUCGUGAUUGAGUGAACUUGAGUGUGAAAAUAUCAUUUUAACUUUCAUGAAUAAAACUACGGAUGUUAAUGUAUAAUAACGCAAACGUAAGAUGAAUUCGACAAUAUCUGAUGAUUUAACCCGUGAGAAUUUAACGUUAGAAGCUGUAGAGUGUCUAAAAAAUAUAUCAGCGAAUAGUCAGAGCGUUACAUUACUACACAAGGAACUGUUAGAAAUAAAUUUAUCAAUAACUGCUUAUAUCGAGGAAAGUAAAAAACGUCUCGCAGGGCUCCGAUUGGAAUUAGCACACGACGCAAAGAGUUCCCAAAGAGUUGUUGAAAUACUCUGUGACAAAUAAAAUGUCCUCGCCAACUACUCCACGCAAACGCAACAAUAACCAGUCAAAAUACACCAAACCUGUGCAGGAAACCAAUAAUAACUGUAACAACAAAUUUUCUGAACGUCAACAAGCCAGGACCUUCAUAGCAUGGUACAAACGCAUGAUAGAUAAUGAGCGUUACAACCUCUCACUGUACUUAUCUGAUGACGCUAUACUUGAAUGGUUUGGCCGUACUAUAAAAACCAGGAAGAAAGUUACCGCAUUCUUGAAAUAUGAUAUGCAAUGUUCCCACCAUGAUUUUACCACAAUUGAAAGUAUUGAUAAGAUUGAGAGCAGGCAUGAAAGAUUAACAAGAAAAGAUGACUCCAUACUGGCUAGUCCACUACAUUCCCCAGAACUUAUCAGAACUAAAGAUAAUGGUCACAAAAGAAGGCUGCUUAGGUCUAACUGCAGCAGUCCAGAGUGGUCUGAGGGUUGCCAGCCUCUCAGUGACAUAAUCAUAGACAUUAAACCAAAGACUGACAACACAGCACCUGAUGAAGAUAAGAGAAAUGAAAUAGAUCAAAAUGCACUAAAGAGGUCAUAUCCAGAGGAAGAUACAGAUGUUUGUAACAAAGGUGAUGGUGUUCGUAAAGUCAAGAGGAAGUGUGUUUCAAUAACUCCACCAAACCAAGAGGUGGGCCAGGGUGAUUGCCUGCCUUCCACUAGUGGCACAGACUCUGACAGAUCACACGACACGCUCAACGCACAGUUGCCGAAAUUAGCUGUAGAAUGUAAUGGGUACAUAGAGUUUGCUAGGACAAGGAAUAGCAGAAGCAGUGAUGCUAUGACUUGGGAAAGAAAAUGUAAAGUACAAAUAAGCUAUUCUGAGGACCCUUUGAAUGUAGGCGAGUAUAUUAUUUGGGCAUUAAGGUAUGCUGACGAGAGCAAGUGCAGGCGGAAUCUAUUGGCUGCUUUUGAAGAAGUAGCUCUUGAACAAGAACUCAAGAAGAUUUAGAUUUUUAUGUUUAUUUUACUGUCAAAUUGAAGUAAAAGUGCAAUGUUAAUAAUAAUAUGAAAAUUGUUAUAAGAUAGUAUUAUAUGUUAAAGGGCACUAGAAUUAAUUUAUCACCAUGGUACAUCAUAAAGUUUUUAUGUGCUCCAUGAAAUAUAUUAAUCCUAUUAUCCUUUAUAUUUGAAGUUGUUAUUCCACUUUGAUCAAUGUUGUACACCAAGAGUAAUCAAUUUGACAGUAAAUAUAACAAGCUAUUCAAUGGAUGCAAUUAUACAAUUUAAUAACCUUGUGAUAUGAAGAUAUUGUAUUUUUCUAUGUUGUAACAUUUAUUUUUAUGUAUUUUAUGAUACUGAUUGUUUACAAUGUGACCAACUGUACCUCUUGACAUUA